AUGGCGGGCUCCAGCGAAAACGGCAACGCAGCGGGCCUGGAGUACCCUGAGCCCCUUGUGCUGCAAUCGCUGAAGCCCGAGCACAAGAGCACGCUAAUUAUGCUGCACGGCUUAGGCGAGGAGCCCCCGCCCCGCCGCUUGCAAAUUGGACAGGCUGAGCUUUUGUUUGAGGUGGUUUGCGCACGAGUCGCCGGCGACACAGGCAUGGGAUGGGCAGACAUUGGGCCGCUGCUGCAGCCCGACCUGCCCAACACGCAGUUUGUGUUCCCAACCGCCCCCGUGCGCUCGAUCACGCUGAAUGACGGCAUGCGCAUGACAGGGUGGUAUGACAUUGCGGACCUUAAUCGUCUUGGUGCCGACCAGGAUGCCGAGUCAAUGCGGGAAAGCAAACGCUACAUUGAGCAGCUGGUGCAGCAGCAGGUGGAUGCAGGCAUCCCCUCCUCCUCCAUCGUGAUAGGCGGCUUCAGCCAGGGCGGCGCCAUGGCCCUCCUCAUGCUGCGCUCCAAGUUCAAGCUAGCAGGCAUCAUUGGUCUGUCCAGCUACAUGCCGCUGCACGAGGAGCUGCCGCUCAUCUCGGAGGAGAACCGGGACACCCCAGUGCUGAUGUGCCACGGCGACUGUGAUCAGGUGGUGCACUUCAAGUAUGGCGAGGCCAGCUACGAGUUGCUCAAGGAGGCGGGCGGGAAAGUGGCUUUUGAUGUUUAUGAGUUCAUGGGCCAUGAGGCAUGCCCAGAGGAGCUGCAGGCGGUCCGUAACUUCCUGCAAAGCUGCUUUGCUGUCAAGAAGCAGUGA